AAAUAUAAUGUGUAUCUAAUUUCACUUUAAAAUUAUAUUAUUUUUUGAAUAAAUAAUAAAAUAAAUUAAAUUUUUUUCCUAAUAGUAACUUAAUUAGAACAACAAAAAUAAGUUUUUUUUUCUUAUAUUUUAGUACACUAUACAAAGUUUUAAAUAAAAUAAAUUUAGUAAUAGUAUUAGUAUAUUCUUAUACAACAUUAUUUCAUUUCUUAAAUUUAGCUUAUGUUAGAUCAUUCUCACGUACAUUUUACAUAAAAGGGUAGUUAGUAAUAGAAGAAAUAUAUAAUUGUGGGUAUCUAUAUUCUAUUGGUAUUGACUAUUAGUUGACGAAUUACCGGAGUCACAUUUGGGUGUAACCUUUUCACUUCCUAUAUACUACAUUUACUACAACACUCAUGACUCAACGUUUAAUUAUCAAAUUACUUCUUCAAUAGCCUUGGGAAUACAAUGUCAUAGAAACCGAAGCGUUUGGCAAAGAAAUAGAGAGACAGCUAAUUAAUCGUUCUUGCUUGCUUUCUUUAUCUUUCUCUCUCACCAGUGUAUAUAGGAAUUGAUCUUCAUUUCCAUGCAUCAUCACACAUUUUAAACCAAAAAAAUAAAAUCGUUCUCCAAAUUAAAAACAAUGUCUAUUACCACUUUUGACCAUGCUGCUCCAGACCAAACCCACAAUAAGUACAAUAUUAACUUUCAUUCCAAAAUCAUUCACACAACUGUCACACAUACUCCUUCCGUAGUUGAAGAAUGGCUCUCAAAUCUCUCCCGCAAUAGCCACAGCCGCCGCUACCUUGUCGGCCUAGACGUUGAGUGGCUUCCAAACAGGCUGCCCUCAAUGGAUAACCCCGUCGCUGUCCUUCAACUCUGCGUAGACAGAGAAUGCCUUGUUUUCCAAAUCCUCCAUGCUCCAUAUGUUCCACAUUCACUUGUUGCUUUUCUGGAGAACCAAGACAACACAUUCGUUGGUGUUGGUGUCGGAGAGGACGUGGAGAAACUUCUUAGAGACUACUCCUUGCGUGUUGGGAACUUUGUUGAACUUUGCACCCUUGCUGCUGAGAGAUUGGGUGAUCAUAUGAAACGUGUUGGACUUAAAACAUUGGCUUUACAUGUUCUCGGUAAGGGUAUGGAGAAACCUAGGAAGAUUACCAUGAGUAAAUGGAAUGCUUUGAAGCUUAGUCCUCAGCAGGUUCAGUAUGCUUGUCUCGAUGCUUUUGUUUCAUUUGAGAUUGGAAGGAUUCUUAAUGCUGGAAACUAGGGUUU